AUGGCGGCAGCGGAUUUACUGGUUUCUUUCCUCGAUCUGAUUUUGGCACAGAUUCCCAUUGCUUUUCGGGAACACUUUCUGUUCCUGAAGUUUGUUCCUUUGUGUAAUGUACAUGCUGUUCCACUUUAUGCAGCCACCGAUUGUUCUGUAUGGUUCACAGUUGCUUUUAGUUUUGAUCGAUGUGUAGCAAUUUGCUUCCAGAAACUGAAAACUAAAUACUGCACUGAGAGAAUGGCGGCUGUGGUUCUGGGGACAGUGACAGUACUGAGCUGUUUAAAAGACAUUGUCUGGUAUUUCAUGUUCACAGGUGAAUAUGUUCUUGGUAAUAUCCCCUGGUUUUGUUGGCCAAGAGCAGGUGUUCAGGAAUCACCAGUCUGGACAACAAUUGAGUUCAUCCAUUACCACCUCAACCCUCUUGUCCCAUUUCUCCUGGUUUUGUUAUUCAACGCUGUGACUAUCAGACAUGUUUUAGUGGCCAGUAGCGCCCGCAGGAGACUCCAGACCUCUAACAAUGGGGGGCGUCCCAAAGACCCAGAGAUGGAGAAGCGCAGGAAAUCUCUUAUCUUACUCUUAGUUGUCUCGGGGAACUUCAUCCUGUUGUGGGCACUGUUUACCUCAAACUUUAUCUGGUACCGUCUGUGGCAUUUGGGGUCUGUGUCUAUGCUCCCCCCUGAUUUUGUGCCAGAACUGUCCUUCAUGCUGCAGCUCCUGAGCUGCUGCACCAACACAGCACUUUAUGCCGUUACUCAGACUAAGUUCAGGCAGCAGUUGAAUGAGAUGGUGAACUAUCCUGUCACUCUUAUUGUAAAACACAUGCAGUGUUAA